UAAAAUUGUAGGUUAUGUCAGAGCGCAGACGGAGCUGUCGCGCGAUUUGUUUGUCGCGCAGCCCCGAAAAAGUAUGGCGAUGUGGGAGAGCGACAAGUUUCAAGAGGACGAGAAUGCGGACGGUAUCGAGGGCAAUUUCGAUAAUAUCCUAGUGACACACGAUCUGCAGGAUUGCCUGGACGAUACCUUGGACCUGUCCAGUUUCGAAAAGGUCUACGAGCAGAGCGCAGUAUUCGAUUAUGAAAGGUACUCCGAUGACGAUGCUGCUAUCAAUGAGGGGCUACCUGUCGAUGACAACACGGCCGAGCAUAUUCAUCAUACCAUCAGUCCAGAUGAAAUUUAUAUGCGAAUUCAUCAAGAUCAAGAUGAUGUAUUACUUGAAGAUCAUGCGUCUCAUGAAACUGUCACGAUUGAAAGUAUGGACCCAGAUAUUAAUCAGAAACAUAUCAAUCGUUAUAAUUGCCAAUAUGAAGGCUGUACCAGGACAUACAGUACCAUUGGAAAUUUGCGUACCCAUAUGAAAACACACAAAGGCGAGUAUCGAUUUAAAUGCGCAGAGCCGAGUUGCGGCAAGGCCUUUCUCACGUCCUACAGUCUAAAGAUCCACAUUAGGGUACACACAAAAGUAAAACCGUUCGAAUGCAAUCACAAAGACUGCAAGAAGGCAUUCAAUACCCGUUACAGACUGAGAGCUCACCAAAGACUUCAUAGCGGCAAUACAUUCAACUGCGAAGAGACUGGAUGUGUCAAAUUCUUCACUACUCUAAGCGAUCUCAAGAAACAUAUACGUACUCAUACUCAAGAAAGACCAUACAAAUGCAGAGAAAAGGGCUGCGGAAAGGCCUUUACGGCUUCACACCAUUUAAAAACGCAUAAAAGGACACAUACAGGUGAACGACCAUAUGUUUGUACCUUUGAAAACUGCAAACGACGUUUUACUACUCCUCACAGUUUAAAAAGCCACAUAAAAACACAUAAUAAAACUAUGAAUAACAAUACGAAGCAUAAAGAUAACAAGGAUAAUGAUGUGGCUGAGAGGCAAAAAAGGUUAACUCAAUUACAAUUGAAACUUGUAAAAGUUAGCGCGAGCAACACUACUAUACCAUCGUAUGCUGUCAUACCAAUAUCUACAGAUCUCGUGCAAAAUGAUGGGAACAUGCCAUAUGUAUCUGCGAAAAAUUCAGCAGAACAAAUAACUCCUACUAAUAUAAUGGAUAUUAUGACGCAUCGCAAGUUGGACGCAAAACUCAGUUAUAUUUCUACCAAAGAUAAAGAAGAUUCGAAUGAAACUACCGGAGUUGCGCUUCUUGCAACAGAUAUUUUAGAUAAUUUUAAUGAACAGGCAGUUAAUGUUUUUAACAAUGAGGAUUAUCACAAAUUUAAAGUAUUUAACCAAAUGACUGAAUCAAAUGUACAACAUGAUAAUUUAAUGGAUGUUGUUGGGCAUCAGAAUCAACUGCACAAGUCAGCUUCAUUAACGGAAGUGCAUAGUGACAGUAUAGCUAGACAGGAUCAAUCUAUCCCGGUAAAUUUAGGGCAGAAGAUUAUGCAGGAUGAUUUACAAAAUGCAAUAGCACAUAUUUCUAAGGAAACAAGUUUUACGAAUAAUAUGAAACAGUUUAAAAAUAAUUCCGUUACUGCUUCUGAUGAAGUAUUCGUAAACCAAUCGAAUGCAGAAGAUUUAUCUGAUAGCAGCAAUGCGUUAUAUAGUGCUAACUGCAUUACUAGUCAUAUUACUGAUAUUAUAAGUUCCUCGAACGAAACCCAUCUUUUCGAGAGCGAAAUGGAUACUCUCUCAUUCAUCGAUGAUACGAAUUUACAGAAUGAGUCUCUUAUCGCAGUUUCAAAUCAGGAUUUGCAUGCAAAUGCAGUUACAAACAGUCAGUCUGAAGCCGUUGAACUCGCGAUAGCGACUGAAGAGGAAUUACCUUCCUCUUGGAUAGAUGUGAUGGCAUUGGCAACUGCGCCUGCAUUGAGAGCACAAUCUUGGUCAGAACUAAAUGCUUUUCCUACAGUUCAUUCUCUAGUAGAUCUAGUAGGCCCAGAGCCUUAUCCACUAGAAAUGGAAACUCAGUCAUCUACAGAAAAUUUAAAAAAUGUCAAUGCAAUAAAUACGGAACACACUUCGGCAAACAUCGACAUUGUACAAUGCCAAAAAUUUGCAGAGUAUGAGCAUAAAACAAGUAACGUAAAGAACAAGGAUAGAAAUGUUUUGCAGGAGAUUACUGCAGAUGCUGAUAUAUGUAAAUGUACUGAUUGUAAAUGCGAUAACGUACAAAAUUGUCAGAAUUGCACAAAUACCCCGGUCAACGAAAUAACAAGAAAAGAUACGGUACAAUUCGUAAGCGACUUUAUGUCUUCUUUGCAAGGUAAAUGUUCCUGCAACGCCGAGACCGGUGGUUGUGAUUCUUGCUGUGUUGUAAUCUGUUUAAAGACACUACAGCAACUACAGAAAAUAUUUAGCAACUGUUGUAAGAAUACUAGCAAUACUACAUAGGGAAAAAUUGUUACCAUCUUUGAUGAAAUGUCAAGUAGCAAGGAAUCAGUGAUUCGCAAAUAUUCUUUAUUAAUUUUAACUAGUCACGCAAAAAAACAAUGCUGUCUCUAUGCUAAUCCCCCAAAAGAUUUGUGAUUUUACACCUAAUAGCUUUAAAUACGGGCAACUUUUGCCUUUCGAAUAUUUUAUUUAGACAAAUUGAGAAUAUACGACUGUACAUACAUAUGCUAUAUCUGACAGAAUCUGUUAAGAGAUUCUACAUAUAACAUAUUCUAUACAUUUUGUGCCAAAUAUUUGUAGAUUUUUUACA